CAAAUAAACUCAAAUACAAAUCAUUUGCUGAAAGAUAUCAAUGCACAUAUAGCCUCGAUAUCACAUUUUGGAAAAUGGCGGCUUCCAUGAAGAUUGAAAAUUCGUCUGCAAGUGCAAAUUAGGAAAUUUUCUGCCGAAUCAAGACUUUCGGACAGUACUUGUAAAUUAACAGUAGUAAGGCAAAGUUCUCAAAUGGCAGAGAGCAUGGACCCAUUGACAUUGUAUCAAGCAGCUUCAGAAUAUUUAGAAAUAGCUGCAAUGGAAAGUCAGAAGCAAGCAAAUGUGGACAUUGGUUUAAUGCAAACAAACAUCUCUCUUGCUCAUGAUCUAAUCUGCCAAAUUCAUUCUGUAGAAACUGACCCUCUUAUCAUAGGUGCUUUGAACCAACUUUCAACAGUUCUGUUGUAUCAGCAGGAGACCUUACUUAUUAAGAUAAGACAGUUAGAUCGACAGGCUGGAAGUUCAAGUUCUAACGAUUCUAUGGAAUUAAUAGGUGUACAGAAAAAUGACCAAGGUGAUAUGCAGAAAAAGGCUCGGCGCCAAGCCAUAGAAGAAACAAUUGCACUGAAGGGACAGUUUUGUUUCAAUGAUGUGGCAGGUUUGGAGGAGGCCAAGCAGGCUUUGAGAGAAGCUAUUAUUAUGCCUGUGCAGUUUCCUCAGCUUUUUACAGGUGGGCGUAAACCUUGGCAAAGAAUCCUGCUGUAUGGUCCUCCAGGCACUGGCAAAAGUAGACUAGCACAGGCAGUGUCAUCAGAAAUCAGGUCUAACUUCUACAGUGUCUCAAGCUCGGAUCUCAUUUCAAGUUGGGUUGGAGAGAGUGAAAAGUUGAUCAAAGAACUGUUUCAGCAUGCUACAAGCCAGGAAGGAAGAUCAGUAGUGUUUAUUGAUGAAAUUGACAGCGUGUGUCGCAAGAGGAGCUCACACGAGGAAGAGCACACGCGUAGAGUGAAAACUGAACUUCUGAAGCAGAUGGAGGGAGCUGACAGCUCAGGAAGUUCUGAUAGAAUAUUCCUUCUGUGUGCAACAAACUGUCCCUGGGAGUUGGAUCCUGCUUUCCUGAGGAGAUUUCAGAAACGCAUCUACAUCCCCCUUCCUGAUGUAGAGGCCAGGCAUGCACUUAUGAGGUUGCACUGUCAAGGCAAUGAUGUGCAGCUGUCUGAUGAGGACUGGCUCCUUUUGGCACAGAAAACUGAAGGGUUUUCUGGUAGUGAUCUUGCUACUCUGGUGAAUGCAGCAUUGUUUGAGCCAGUGAGAGAUUUACAAGGCACAGACUCUUGGAUACAAACUCCUGAUGGGUUAUUUAUACCAUGUCACGGUGACAAUCCCCUUUCAAUAACAGCAAAUAUAAAUGAACUGCCACCUGAGAGGGUUCAGGUGAGGGGGGUAUGUGUGCAGGAUUUCCUCAAGUCUCUGGUGAGUAAUAGGAAAACAGUAAUGCAGGAGGAGUUAAUCAGAUUUGCACAGUUUACAAAUUCCUUUGGGCAGCAUGGAUGACUAGAUUUUGCUUCAAGAACUGGUGGUUACCAGCCCUCCCCUGUGUGUAUAUGGAAGUAAAUUUCCAUCUUUUUUUACACAGAACUAGAUUUGCAUUGACAUAUUAUGUUUGAGGGUAUAUUUAUAUAAGGUAUGUUUUUUUUUUCCUAAUAUUUGAUACUUUGAAUAUUGUUUAGACAGAUAUAAGACGACAUACUUUUUAAUUUCAUUUGAGUGGUAUUGGAUGUAGUUCCUUUACACAUAAUAGAUUUUUGGCAUUACAUUUGCACCAGUAGAUAAUCGAUGAAGGAGAUUAUCUUUUUUAAUUUGAUUAGAGUUCUAUAAAGGUUAAGUAUAUUGAAAUAAGAGUACUAGUAUCUGUAUUUAGCUUGUAUCCAUUGAUAUUAAUCUCGACAAAUGAUGAACUGUGAAUUUUGUUAC